AUGGUGGUGGUGGUGAUGGUGGCACUAGUUGAAGGAGGACCACGACCAACAUUCUACAAAGGAGGUGGUGGAUAUGGUGGCGGCUAUGGUGAUGAUGGCGGCUAUGGUGAUGAUGGCGGCUAUGGUGGUGGCGGCUAUGGCAAGGGACAUGGUAAAGGAUAUGGUAAAGGAUCUGGAAAAGGGCAUUGUGACUGCGGCCAUGGCAGCUACGGUGGUGGAGGCUAUGGUGGUGGACAUGGUGGCUAUGGCGGUGGCGGCUACGACAGCGGCUAUGGAGGUGGUGGAUAUGGUGACAGCGGCUAUGGCGGUGGUGGAUAUGGUGACAGUGGUAAGAAUCUCGACUAG